GUUUUUUGAAAUGAUCUGCGUAUUUUAAGUGAAUAAGUAAAAUUGCAUACAUUUACAAAGACGAAAAUAUAGCAAGGGUUAAAAUUACGGCUACAUAUGUACUUCAACAAAAGCAGCAGGGACUGGGUUGUAAUUGCAGUACUACAACACACCAGACCUAUCUACUGAUCGUUUAUCAAUGAAGUAAAGACCAUAUAGUUUUAAACUUAAGUAGCUUGAUUUAAAGCAGUAUGGAGAGUUAUAGUUUUAGUUAUUGCGACUAUUUCAAUUUUGACGAUGAAUACGGAGAUUUUGAGGAUUCUCCAUAUGAGGAGGAUUUGAGUGAUCUGGAGGACUUUGAAUCUGUUGAGACACAAGAGUCGUCUAACAUCAUGACUACUUCAGAAAUGUGCACACACAUUGUUAAGGGUCUAGAACACAUGUGGACAGAUAAAAUGUUGUUUGAUUUUACUGUCAAAAUCGAAGACGAAACAAUCAAAUGUCAUCGCCUGAUCCUAGCCGCAUGUUCGGAUUUUUUUCAAGCACUUUUUCGUUCAGGCAUGCGAGAAGUCACCGAGAACUGUGUUGUUCUACACGACGUUUCAUGUGACGUGUUUACGUUAAUUCUGAGGACAUUGUACACGGGUGUAGAUAUUUUAACUUCCCAAAACCUGCUCGAUGUUUGGCGAGCAGUUCACAUGCUGCAGAUCUCUUUCAUGGUCAAGUUGUGUGAGGACUUCGCCAUUGAAACGGUUGCGAUGGAUACGUGGGAACAGAUUUACACAAAUGCUAAACUUUUAGAUUCAGAAAACGUUCUUGAACACCUCCAGAAAUUCAUGAUAAAAAACUUUGAACAAAUUUCUCUGACAUCAACAUUUCUUCAACUGUCUUUUGAGGAACUAAGGAAUUUGAUAAAAUGUCAAGAUCUAGUAGUGAGCAAAGAAGAUUUAGUUCUUGAAGCAGUGAUACGAUGGGUCAAUUUUGUUCAGAUAAUGACAGCUGAGUUAAAAGAAAGUAAAUGUACAUUGAAUGCUAAAGAUUCAAACAACGUUAACUAUAUGAUGCUAGAUUCUAGUGUUACAGUCGACUUUGUAAAAAAUGAAAUAGCUUUGAGAAAGGAAAAACUUACAGGUCUAUUAAAAAAGAUCAGGAUCUAUCUUGUAAGUCCUUCACUUUUGUCUCAUGUAUACAAGAUGGACUUAAUAUCUGAAAAUAAAGAUUCAAGUGACAUAAUUGUCGAUGCUUUAUUAUAUCACGUUCAAGACCUGAGACAAAGUCAUUGGCCAUCUGUUGCUCUACAUAGAACGUGUAGUGAAUACAGACAUGGUGGAGUAUUCGCUGAAGGAAAGGGGCAUUUUAAAUUUUUAAGUGCAAUCGAAGAGAAGAUUUAUACAAUCUCAGAUAGCUUUUGGUUGCGUGAAGAUGUUCAUUUAACCACAGUUAAUGGAGAACUGUAUGCUGCAAAUGGCAGUUUGUAUUUGGUUCUUUGUUUACACGACAGUAGAAGCAUCCAAUUUGAACACAUUGCUAAACUUUGGACUGGCAAAAAAGUGCUGCAUGGCGCGUUCACUUACAAAAAGAAACUUAUAAUUGUUGAAACUCGAUCGCAAAUCAACCCAGCUGAAGAGGAAAAACUAGAAGUUCCAAAUCACUUUAAUUUGAUCAAGGUGAUCCUUCCCUACAAUUACCUGCCACCUCCUGUGCCACCCCUCAACCGUGUUUUGUGUCCUAGGAAUCCCAUGUACAUGAUUAUCAUGUACAGACCAAAACUCUGGUGGAAAAAGUGGUGGAACCCUCACCUCUCUUGUGUUUAA